AAGUGGUCAGAACAUCGUCGGCCGCCGCCGCACGUCACCCACCUCCUAAGACCCCCAAAACCAGCCCUCGUCUAUGAAGUGGUUUAUUAGAAGACCGGAAGGCUCCGAAUGAUCUGCGUCUCAUCUGCCUCGCGCUAUAUUGUUGCCCGAUCCUUUUCUUCCUCCUUCAAGAUGUCUCGUUCAGCAUUGGAUGAGAUGACAGAAUCUGGUGCAUUCAAUCGCACACCAUCAACCUUCCGCAAUUUCAUUUCCAAAGAGAAGACAUCUCAAUUUCCAUCUGAAACUGGAAGGUAUCACCUAUAUAUAUCAUAUGCAUGUCCGUGGGCAUCCAGAUGUCUUUCUUUUCUGAUGCUCAAGGGACUUGAAAAGGACAUUAGUUACACAGCUGUAAAACCAAUAUGGGAAAGGACCAAGGAGAAUGAUGAGCAUUUUGGAUGGGUUUUUCCCUCUUCUAGUACAGAAGAACCAGGAGCAGAACCUGAUCCUCUUAAUGGUGCCAAAAGUAUCAGGGAACUUUAUGAGCUUGCUAGCACAAAUUACAUUGGAAAAUAUACUGUUCCAGUUCUAUGGGAUAAAAAACUCAAAACAAUUGUGAACAAUGAGAGUGCAGAAAUAAUCCGUAUGUUAAAUACUGAGUUCAAUGACAUAGCUGAUAAUCCAACCCUUGAUUUAUACCCCCCUCAUAUGCAAACCAAGAUAGAUGAGCUCAAUGAAUGGGUGUACAACACAAUAAAUAAUGGGGUAUACAAAUGUGGCUUUGCCAAGAAACAAGGUCCUUACAAUGAGGCUGUUGAAAAAUUAUAUGAAGCAUUAGACAAAUGUGAGGAGAUCCUUGGCAAGCAACGGUAUAUUUGUGGGAAUACACUUACUGAAACUGAUAUUCGCUUGUUUGUUACUCUGAUCAGGUUUGAUGAGGAGGAGAAUCAUUGGCAUGAAGACAUAAAGGACGGGAAGCUUGUCGAGAAAGACUGAGGAGCAUCGUUGGCAUGAAGACAUAAAGGAUAAGAAGCUUGUCGAGAAAGACUCGAUUGGAGGUUGAGGAGGAAGAAGAAGAAGAGAAAGAAGACAUUGUCUAUGUCAAAUUGUAUUGAGUUUCGUAAUAUAUCGAAAAUUGUUUCGACUGUUUCGUCCGGUACGAGAUUGCAAACCAUGAUGGGGAUACUUUGUGGUAAAAAAAUAGUAGUAGUAAUAAUAAUAACAAAAUAAGAGAUGAAAAUUGAACAAAAAAAUUUAAUUUUCAGAUGGCAAAGGUGUCGACUAGGUCUAAGCCAUACUAGGUACAAUAUUAGAAGUGAGUUUGUGCUGGGGUGGAGGUUAGCCCAUAGGCUCAGCCCGAUCCCAAACCUGAAUGUUAUUAAUCCAACAUGGGAUUGGGAUUGACACAACCCACUAGCUAAGCUUGGGAUUGGCACAACUCACCAGCUUUGUUCUUCCCAUUUUAUUUUAUAAAAUAUUAACAAUAAAUAUAAAUAUCAAAUAUUUUAAAAUAUAUUUAAUAAAAACAAUUUUAAUAAUAUUUAUUCCGGUUUUAAAAUUUUAUAUUAAUUUUGAAAUAUAAAAUUUUAAAUUAAAUAUUUUUUAAUAAAUUGGGAUCCGGGAUGGGCAUAGAACCAAUUUGGGUAGUGUUGCCUGCACCUGGCUCAACACUACCUUUCUCAGGUAGUCUAGGCCUUAUCUGGUCUACCAAACAUGUCCUAAAUUUGAUUUCAUAAAAGUUAUAAAAUCUGCAAUCUGGAUAGACAUCGAGUAUGUUGUUAAUGGGAUAUAUUUGCUUUUUUUACAGGUGUAUACUGUUCACUUCAAAUGCAACAAGAAACUCCUCCGUGAAUAC